CCCCUCUUCCAGUUGGCCAGCCUGUGGAACUCGGCUACCACACAGCAACGUACCAGUGACCCUGCCAGCGGCAGUUUAACGGGCUGAGGCUCGAGGUGGUAUUCUUAAGGAGACCUGUGAGCAGUGCAUUACAGUUAUCCAGAUGUGAAGAUACAAAUACAUCAAAUAGUUUUUCACUGUCAGUUGCUGAAAUUAUGAUCCACCCAAGACUUGAUAUCUUUUGGACAACUGAAAAUCAGAUGUUGGCAGACUGAAACUGCAGAUGGCCUUGACCUCCUUUAGCUUCGCGUGGAUGACCCUGUUGUCGAUGACAAAUCCAAGAAACACUGACCACUGAAGGAUGCCUGGAACGAAAGGGAAAAAUGGACGGGGCAGAAGGGAUGUAAAUGCCCUCCCACAGCCUUCGCAGGGAAGCCCUCUAUAUUCCUGGGCACACUCCUGACUCCCACAACAGGGGAGAGUGCCACUGGGGGAGUUGGGGAGUGUGGUCCAGGGGCAGACUUGGUAGAGUCGUACGCACCCAUGUUGGACUACUGGGACUGGUACAUUGAUGUCCAGUACUCGGAGUUGGACUCCGUAGGGUCCUACUACCCCGCAGAGUGACCUUCAGUUGUGCUGGCCUUACUCCAGACUUCCACAACAGGAGAGGAGGCCACUGGAUGAUUUUGAGGGAGCCCUGGGUAUGGUCCGGGGUUGGACUCUGCGGAGUCCUACAAACCCCAGCUGGACAACGAGGAUCGGCACUCAGAGAUGGACUCCGCAGGCUGCUACAACCCCUACAUGGACUACCAUGAGGGUUACAUGGACUUUGGAGACAGAAGGGAGUGCAGCGACACCAGUCUGUGGUUGGACUUGGAGUCCGACUGUGGAGGAUCCUCCAAUGGAGGUGGAGGAGGUCCUCUAUGAGGACCCUCCCACUGACAGUGACGUUCAGUCUGCCAUCUCCAAGAAGGACGAGCCGCCGCUACCUAAGAUACUGCCCAAGGCCCUGCCCAGGAGGUAUCGCUUGGGUGCCAGCAAGCCUUUCCAUGUGGCACAUCUAGAGGUGACCUUGUCCAAGGAGGAAACUCCCUUCACUAGGACACACAGCCCCAGAAUUCAUGUGCCUGUACCGAAGCCUCAUAGAGGAAGGAAGGAGGCGACAACAGUGCCCACCCCAGACACGGGCAGAGUAGCUGGUGCACCUGCUGAAACAGGGAAGCGAAAGUUACCACCCCCCAAAUCGGUGAGGGGCGAUUCCCCACAUGCGGGUAGGACUUCAGCCCAGCCAACGACUGGGGGACAGCCUGGGGCUCUUGCCGGCUUACUUGGGCUCCUUAAUAAUCCCUUGUGUAAUUUUGUACCUGUCCCUGUCACCGUUUCUGUCCCCAUCAUGCUGUCUGUGCCAGUUGCUUUGUCCCCCUUGGUGUCUGUGCCUGUGCCUGUCAGUGUGUCCAUCCCUUUGUCUGUCAUUGUCCUGGUCCCUGUCUUCCCCUCAUCUGUCUUGCUUGCGCUGGCCCGUGUCGGGUCGCUCGGUCCUCUUUCCUCGCCAUUUGGUGUUGGUUUCGGGGCCUCCCAAACAUCCCUCCUCCUGAACAUCUUGUGUGCAUGAGUGUUCGUCAGUGUGGCCACUCCCCCUGUGUUCCAAACCUGCUCCUCGUUGUUUCAUUA